CCUUCAACGCCUGUCCCGCCCCUUAGCCCGACGGCCGGUUCCUUGAUGACGUCCACUUGACUCGCGUCCAACAUUAUUGCAUUUCGCAGUUGCCGUUAGACACGCUUGUGUCUUGUUUGUUGGCCUUCGCGCAUCGGGCAAAUGAUUCAUCAGCCAUCCGCAUCCGGCGCAGCCAUCGCACGAGGCCACUUGGUCGUUGUCGUUGUCUUCUCAGUCUUCGUAGCCCCUGGGGCAGGCUAUAAAAGCGCCGACAGCGCCAUCAACAAAUUUUAUAAGCAUUCGAGACGAGAAACCUAUUAGAAAUGACUUUGGUGCCGACCACGUAUCGCGAUCUGUCCCGGGAAUUAGAUCGACCGCGUCCACUCUACCAGCCAUAUGACUUCCAGCUGUACCCCUACCUAUGGGACGAUCCGCGCAUCUGGUGGCCCACCAACAGCAGCGACUUCUUGCGUCCUUUGGAUGAGCUGGUGAGCAGGCGAGUGCGCAACCAGCUAAUACAAUCGACGCCCUACGACUGGUCCUAUCCCAUGCGCUGGGACAACUAUUACUCCGGCGAGCGGGUGCAUGCGGAUGAGAAGGGCUUUCGCAUUGACAUCGACGUGCGCCAGUUCCGACCACAUGAGAUUGUGGUGAAGACCAACGAUGACUACAUCAUUGUCGAAGGCAACCACAAUAAGCGCAGCGAGGGCGCCAAUGGCUACGUGGAGCGACACUUUGUGCGCAAGUAUCUGCUUCCGCGUGGCUACAAUGCCAACGAAGUCAUCUCCGAUAUCUCCUCGGAUGGCAUUCUCACCAUCAAGGCGCCGCCGCCGCCACCAUCCAAAUACUAUACGCCCAGCGAACGGCUUGUCCGCGUUCAUGAAACAGGAAAACUAGCGCUGCCCUGGAAGUAGCUGCGCCCCCUCUUCAGCUGCUGCUGACAUCUUUAUAGCCUCUUUCGCAUCAUUGGGAAAUAUUCAAAUUCAAG